GCCGCCCCCGCCGCCCCCGCUCGCCGCGACGCCCGAACGGGGCGAGACGCCUCCGCGACCCGUCGGCUCGGUCCUGCGCGCCCGGCCCGAGCGAAGGCGGCGGCGGCGGCGGCGGCGGCCCCUGGAGCUGGGCACCUUCAUGGCCAACAAGCUGCUGCUGAGGGCGCGCCAAGGAGGCUAUAACAAAAAGCACGGCCGCAGUAAGAGGUGGAGGGAGAUGCUGCAGCUGCCCCCCGUGAGCCUGUGCAGCGAGCUGCGGCACUCCAUCGAAAAGGAUUACAGCAGUCUCUGCGACAAGCAGCCCAUAGGACGCCUUCUCUUCCGCCAGUUCUGCGACACAAAGGUGGAACUGAAGCGAUGCAUAGACUUCCUGGACGCGGUGGCAGAGUAUGAGGUGACUUCUGCUGAGGACCAGGUCUCAUGCGGAUUGUUCAUCCUGGAGAAAUUCUUCAAUAACAAGUCUGAAGCUCUCAGGCUGCAAGUGCCUGCGUGGACCAUGCGCGAGUGUCAGCUGAAGCUGAGGGAGAACUCAACCACCGAAGUCUUUGAGGGCUGCACGAGGGCCGUCCACAACUUUUUAAGUGGAGAACCAUUUAAGGAAUACCAAGAAAGCGCAUAUUUUUCUCGCUUUUUACAGUGGAAGUGGCUGGAAAGGCGCCCAGUAACGAAGAACACGUUUAGACACUACAGAGUACUAGGGAAAGGCGGCUUUGGAGAGGUGUGCGCCUGCCAGGUGCGAGCCACAGGGAAGAUGUACGCCUGCAAGAAGCUGGAGAAGAAGCGAAUCAAGAAGCGGAACGGCGAGGCCAUGGCACUUAACGAGAAGCGGCUGCUGGAGAAAGUCCACAGUAGGUUUGUAGUCAGUUUAUCUUACACCUAUGAGACCAAGGACUCCCUGUGCCUGGUGCUGACCAUCAUGAACGGAGGGGACUUGAAAUUCCACAUUUACAACCUGGGCAGCCCCGGCUUUGAGGAGCAGAGGGCCGUCUUCUAUGCCGCCGAGGUGUGCUGUGGCUUGGAGGACCUGCAGCGGGAGAGGAUCGUGUACAGAGACUUAAAACCCGAGAAUGUUCUCCUGGACGACCGUGGCCACAUCCGCAUCUCGGAUCUCGGCUUAGCCAUGGAGGUCCCAGAGGGCGAGACCAUCCGAGGACGGGCUGGCACUGUCGGCUACAUGGCCCCCGAGGUGAUCAAUAACGAGAGCUACACGUUCAGUCCCGACUGGUGGGGCCUCGGCUGUCUCAUCUACGAGAUGAUCCAGGGACAUUCGCCUUUCAAAAAGUUCAAAGAGAAGGUCAAGCGUGAGGAGGUGGACCGCAGGGUGAAGAGGGACACAGAGGAGUACUCCGACAGGUUCUCAGAGGACGCCAAGUCCAUCUGCAGGAUGCUGCUCACCAAGAACCCCAAACAUCGUCUGGGCUGCAAGGGUGACGGGGCUGCGGAAGUAAAGAAGCAUCCCAUCUUUAAGGACAUCAACUUCCAGAGGCUGGAGGCCAACAUGCUAGAGCCCCCCUUCUGCCCUGAUCCCCAGUCCGUGUACUGCAAGGACGUUUUUGACAUCGACCAGUUCUCCACCGUGAAGGGCGUCUGCCUGGACGCCUCCGACGACACCUUCUACACUCAGUUCGCUACGGGCUGCGUCUCCAUCCCCUGGCAGAAUGAGAUAAUCGAGUCUGAGUGCUUCAAGGACAUCAAUGACAGCGUCACAGGGGACGACGUGGCCUUGGAGCUGCAGGAGAGUAAAGCCACAGUGGCGGCCGAGUCCUCGAAAGCAAAGAAGGGCUUCUUCUGCCCGCUCCUGCGGAGAAGUGCCUGAGGAAGAAAGAGAACGAGCGGCAGAAGCCUCUUCAGACGCCGGAUGCAUGUGACCAGUGAGACCUGUUGUCGGUACACCCAGUAAGAUGGACCAAUAAACAGUGCUUUCACUGAA